UCCACAAAACCCAAUUAGCACUCACUCGUCUCUCCAACUCUCACUCUCUUUCUCUUUCUAGCACUCUCAGUUUGCCCCUCUGUCUUGCAAUGGCGAAGGACAUAGCAGAGCAAGGCUCGUUCUCGGCCAAGGACUACCACGACCCACCACCCGCGCCGUUGUUCGACGCGGUGGAGCUCACGAAGUGGUCUUUCUACAGAGCCUUGAUCGCCGAAUUCAUAGCAACUCUCCUCUUCUUGUAUAUUACAGUCUUGACUGUGAUUGGUUACAAGAGCCAAACCGACCAUGCCCUGAAUGCCGACGCCUGCGGUGGUGUUGGAAUCUUGGGUAUCGCUUGGGCCUUCGGUGGCAUGAUUUUCGUUCUCGUUUACUGCACCGCCGGUAUCUCAGGGGGUCACAUUAACCCGGCGGUGACUUUUGGGCUGUUCCUGGCCCGGAAGGUGUCGUUGGUCCGAGCGGUGAUGUACAUGGUAGCUCAGUGCUUGGGUGCCAUUAGUGGUGUUGCGCUUGUGAAGGCCUUCCAGAAAUCUUUCUACAAGAGAUAUGGUGGUGGUGCAAACACACUUGCUGAUGGUUACAGCACUGGUACUGGAUUGGCUGCAGAGAUUAUUGGUACUUUUGUUCUGGUCUACACUGUGUUCUCCGCCACUGAUCCAAAGAGAAAUGCCAGAGACUCCCAUGUCCCUGUUUUGGCUCCACUUCCAAUUGGGUUUGCUGUGUUCAUGGUUCAUUUGGCUACUAUUCCCAUCACCGGCACCGGAAUCAACCCGGCUAGGAGUCUAGGAGCUGCUGUUAUCUACAACCAAGACAAGGCCUGGGAUGACCAAUGGAUAUUCUGGGUAGGACCCUUCAUUGGUGCAGCAAUAGCAGCUUUCUAUCACCAAUUUAUUCUGAGAGCAGGAGCUGCUAAGGCUCUUGGGUCAUUCAGGAGCAACCCAAGUGUUUAAGAAGUCAUGAUAAUUAUGUCAAGAAAUAAUUAGCCGAGUUGUCUUAUGGAUGUAUUGGGUUGGAGAAUUCUCGAUUUACGAAAAAAAUUGUGUUGUGUAUGAUCUAUAUGAUGGAUGGGGUUUGAGAGGAUCAAUGUAGAUAACAAGUCUCUUUGUCCUUUUUUCAAAUUACUUGGCUUAGAAAUCACUCCAAAAUGUAAUUGUGUCUUCCAAUUUCUCUCUUUUUUAAUGUCUUUUGUACUCGAUGGGUUAUAUUCUAUUUAGUAAAAAUAUCUGUCCUAUUUUCAGUCUCUCCAA